AUGGAGAAGCUGGCGGCCGGGCUGGCCGGCCUGCGCUGGAGCAUGGGCGCCUUCCCGCUCGACCUCAUCGUCAGCCGCUGCCGCCUGCCCACGCUCGCCUGCCUCGGGCCAGGGGAGUAUGCAGAGGGCGUCAGUGAGCGAGACAUCCUGCUCAUUCACUCCUGCCGCCAGUGGACAACGGUGACCGCCCACACCCUGGAAGAGGGCCACUACGUCAUUGGGCCCAAGAUCGACAUCCCCCUGCAGUACCCAGGGAAGUUCAAGCUCCUGGAGCAGGCCCGGGAUGUGCGGGAGCCAGUGAGGUACUUCAGCAGUGUGGAGGAGGUGGCCAGUGUCUUCCCUGACCGCAUCUUUGUGAUGGAAGCCAUCACCUUCAGUGUCAAGGUGGUGUCGGGCGAGUUCAGCGAGGACAGCGAAGUGUACAACUUCACGCUGCACGCGGGCGACGAGCUCACUCUCAUGGGCCAGGCAGAGAUCCUGUGCGCCAAGACCACCAAGGAGCGCUCGCGCUUCACCACCCUGCUGCGCAAGCUGGGCCGGGCCGGGGCGCUGGCCGGGGUGGGCGGCGGCGGCCCGGGGGGCGCGGGGGCCGCGGGCGGGGGCGCCAGGCCCAUCAAAGGCAAGAUGCCCUGCCUCAUCUGCAUGAACCACCGCACCAACGAGAGCCUGAGCCUGCCCUUCCAGUGCCAGGGCCGCUUCAGCACGCGCAGCCCGCUGGAACUGCAGAUGCAGGAGGGCGAGCACACGGUGCGCGCCAUCAUCGAGCGCGUGCGGCUCCCGGUGAACGUGCUGGUGCCCAGCCGGCCGCCGCGCAACCCCUACGACCUGCACCCGGUGCGGGAGGGCCACUGCUACAAGCUGGUCAGCAUCAUCUCCAAGACGGUGGUGCUGGGGCUGGCGCUGCGCCGCGAGGGCCCGGCGCCGCUGCACUUCCUGCUGCUCACCGACACGCCGCGCUUCGCGCUGCCGCAGGGCCUGCUGGCCGGGGACCCGCGCGUCGAGCGCCUGGUGCGCGACAGCGCCUCCUACUGCCGCGAGCGCUUCGCGGCCGAGGGUCUGGCCGAGGGCAGGGCCCGGCCGCCGCCGGGGCCCGACCUCAUCUCCUUCGGGGCCGCCGGGCCGCCCCGCCUGGAGCGCGAGGCGCCGCCGCCUCCCGUACCCCCCAAAUCCGAGGCGGUGAAGGAGGAGUGCCGCCUGCUCAAUGCGCCCCCUGUGCCUCCCCGCGGGGGCAAUGGCAGUGGCUGGCUCUCGGGCAGCCCCCCGGUGCCCCCACGCUUCCCUAAGCUGCAGCCUGUCCACUCUCCCAGCUCCAGCCUCUCCUACUACUCCUCUGGCCUCCAGGAUGGGGCAGGUUCCCGCAGUGGCAGUGGCUCUCCAUCACCGGAUGCCUACUCCCUCUAUUGCUACCCAUGCACCUGGGGAGACUGCAAGGUGGGCGAGUCUUCCAGCCGCCCACCCCCGGGACCCUUGCCCUCAACCACACAGCCCAGCCAGGCCUCCCGGGCCCUUGCAGAGCCCCUGAGCAGUCGAGCUGCCUCCCUCUUGGGGGCCGACACCCCUGUCAAGGCCUACCACAGCUGCCCGCCUCUGUUCAGGCCUUCUCACCCCCAGAAACGCUUUGCUCCGUUUGGAGCUCUCAAUCCCUUUUCGGGGCCUGCUUACCCCUCAGGCCCUUCAGCGGCUUCCUCUUCUGGGCCCACAGCCACCUCGGGUUCCCUGGCUACCUCCAGCCCUGCUUAUUCCCCAGGCCCAGGCUCGCCAGGCCAGGCCUAUUCAGCUGCUCCCACCUCCUGUCCCACUUCCUCCUCCUCUUCCUCUGAGUGGCAGGAACCAGGCCUGGAGCCCUUUGAUCCUUUUGAGCUGGGGCAGGGUGGUUCUCCUGAGCCUGAGCUGCUGCGCUGUCAGGAGCCCAGAGCUGUGGGGGCAGCAGGCCCUGGACCUGGCCUUUCGCCACUUGGACCCCCCAAGGCCUUUGAACCUGAAGGUUUGGUGCUGCGGCAGGUUCCUGCCCCCCUGUCACCAGCGGCCCUCCAGGGGCCCGAGGCAGGCGGAGCACGACUCCUCCUCACCCAAGGGCGUCUAGAAGGGCCUCCUGCCAGUCCCCGGGAUGGGGUGACAGGCUGGGGAGGCCGGGAUGCCUGCCCCUGGCAGCCCCCUGCUGACCUGUCUGCCCUCUCCCUGGAGGAGGUCUCUCGAAGUCUGCGUUUCAUUGGGCUCUCAGAGGACGUGGUGAGCUUCUUUGCCCGAGAACGCAUUGAUGGCAGCAUCUUUGUGCAGCUCAGUGAGGACAUCUUGGCAGACGACUUCCACCUCACCAAGCUGCAGGUCAAGAAGAUCAUGCAGUUCAUCAAAGGCUGGCGGCCCAAGAUCUGACCUUCCCAGCUUUAGCUGCACAACUGGAAUGCUGGCAUGGGGGCCCUGGGGGCCAGCCAUGGGUCUGCAGGGGGACAGCACCUCCAGAGGCAGGGCCUGCCUGUGGGGAGAAUCUAUGCCAAGACUGAGGCUGCUAGGCAGCCACUCAGUCCAAGGGAGACACACUUGAAAUGGAGUUCUCUGGGGCCAGAUCCCCGCACGGGGACGUCUUGCCUUUGAGUGUGCAGAGUACGUGGAGAGGAGGCUGGAGGCACAGGUGUGCACCCCAGCCUGGUGACACAUUGCUGCAGUUCCC